AUGCGCAAAAAAGAGAAACAACUCAAUGAAUCACUUGCCAAAAUCAAAUUUUUGGAAGAAAAGAAAGCAAAUGAUAAAGCGGAUUAUGAAGAUGAAAAAGCAAGAUUUGACAAAGAAAGGAAAUCACUUAAAGAGCUUGUAGGCAUGAUGGCAAAGAAAGUAGACACAUUAAAUAGUGUUACAACUAAAAUGGCUGUAUUCCAUUCAAUAUUAACUAAUCAAAACACAAUGGAACAAAACAGUCAAACAAUUCUUGAAAUACUGAAAAGUCCUUUGAAUGAGUUGUUCUCGCAUUUCGGUCUUCAGGAAAUAGAAACAUUAGGGCGCGUUGUAACAUUAACAAUAAGUUCUGUGAAUGAAGAUUUCGAUGAAAAACCUUAUGUCGAUGAAAAAAUCUCCAAAAAAAUCGACGAAGUACUUACUGUUAUUGAUAAUCUUCCAGUUAAAACAGUGAACUUGAAACCUAUUGAAGGGGCUUCACCUUUGUUAAAACUCACUCAGAUUUCAGCAAGAUUGAAACAAAUUUCAUCAACAAUGGUUGAUAGAGAUUCAUUAAUUCAACGAAUGUCUAAACUAGUCGAAAGUCAACAUCAAGUUGUUGUUAGAAUAAGCGAAUGUCCAAAAGAUGAAACAAUUCUCAAACUGUCAUCUUCAAAUCUCGAAGAAAGCAAUAAGAUUCUGAAAGAUAUCGCAAAAUGCAAAAAAAAAAUUAUGAGCUAUAAUAUGCCUAAGGCUGAAUCACUGGUCCUUCAUACACAAUUCGAAUCAUUGAAUAAUAUUUGA